CAAAAAAAAAAAAAAGAACUAAGGGAGUCUUUUGGAGUUUAGGUUCCUUCUCUCCAUUUCUAUUCCAGAAAUUUUUGCUUCUAUCAGCUCUGACAAGCCAAAAUUAUUUUAUUGAACUCAAAAGGUAAACGGUUUUUAAGUUACCAAGCUUUAAUCUUUAUGUUAUCACAUUGAUCUCUGCUGAACAAGUUUACAUCUUUUUUCUUUUCAAAUGUUCAUUUGAAUCAAUUAAUCUUCUGCAAGAUUGUUCAAUUUUGGAUCUGACUGAGUAAUAGGGUUUUUGAUCUGGAAUGCAAUCUAAGUAUGGGAGUUGUUUUUUUGAUUCAGUUGUGGUGUUUCGAUUAAUGGGUUUUCUUAGUUGAGGCUUAAAUUCAUCAUUUGGGGUUUAAAGUUUUAAUCUCUUGCUUUUUAUUCCCUGAACUCGAGAUUGCACUUGAAUAGUAGGUAAAGGCCUUUUGAUAAAGCUGUUAAGAGUUUUUGAGAGUUUAUUGGUGUUGGGUCAGUUAGGGUUUUGAGAAUUUAUUGCCAUGGAUGGAAUUGGAGAAUCAUCUGCAUCUGGGUCUACUGAAUCUAUUCCUAAGUUGUCAAAAAGUGGUGAUGAUGAUAGUUGUCCUAGGCAAGUGUCGCCUAUUAGGAUUGGUGGGUCGAGGAAUACAAGCCCGUUGGGUCGUGUUGGCUCGAGGAAUACUAGUCCUUCUAGACAGAAGGCUGUUAAGACGAAACCACGGGGUUUAGAUGAGGAAACAGCAGCUACAUUUGGUAAGGCUGUUCAGCCUGAUGUUCAAAUGGAGGAUAACAUAUGGGCAAUGUUGCCUGAAGAUCUACUGAAUGAGAUUUUAGCCAGGGUUCCUCCUUUUUUGAUAUUUCGUCUUCGUUCAGUUUGCAAGAGGUGGAAUUCUAUUCUUCAAGACAGUAGUUUUCUUAAGUUUCAUUCUCAAGUACCGUCUCAUGGGCCUUGUCUUUUGACAUUUUGGAAGAAUUCGCUGACACCACAGUGUUCAGUUUUUAGCUUGCCUUUGAAAACUUGGUACAGAAUUCCUUUUGCAUUUUUACCACAGUGGGCAUUUUGGUUGGUUGGUUCUUCAGGGGGGCUUGUUUGCUUUUCUGGUCUUGAUGGGCUAACUUUCAAAACUUUAGUUUGUAAUCCUCUCACUCAAACUUGGAGAACAUUACCAACAAUGCAUUAUAAUCAACAAAGACAAUUAAUAUUGGUUGUUGAUAGAAUGGAUCGCUCAUUUAAAGUGAUAGCCACCAGUGAUAUAUAUGGUGAUAAGUCAUUGCCCACUGAAGUGUACGAUUCAAAGCUCGACAGAUGGGUGCUCCACCAAAUAAUGCCAGCAGUCAAUCUCUGCUCCUCAAAGAUGGCUUAUUGUGACUCCAGAUUGUAUCUGGAAACUCUUUCACCACUUGGUUUGAUGAUGUAUCGGCUUGACACAGGUUACUGGGAACACAUUCCAGCUAAGUUCCCUCGGUCCUUGUUGGAUGGUUAUUUGGUGGCUGGCACUCAGAAGCGUCUGUUUCUAGUUGGAAGAAUUGGCCUUUAUAGUACUCUCCAAAGCAUGAGGAUUUGGGAAUUGGAUCAUGCAAAAAUUAUGUGGGUGGAGAUCAGUAGGAUGCCACCAAAGUACUUUCGAGCUUUGUUAAGAUUAUCAGCUGAAAGAUUUGAGUGCUUUGGACAGGAUAACUUGAUUUGCUUCACAUCUUGGAACCAAGGAAAGGGCCUUCUAUAUGAUGUAGAUAAGAGGUUUUGGUCUUGGAUUGCUGGGUGUGCUCUUCAGUCAUAUAACAGUCAGGUGUGUUUCUAUGAGCCAAGAUUUGAUGCUUCCAUCUACUGAGCAGACAAUUUCUUUUGCAGCUUAUGCCAUUCUAAUGUUAUUAAGAAUAUCAUGAGGGAAUUGAGGCAUCUUCAUUUGGGCAUCUAUUCCUCUUCUCUCUAUUUAGCGCGUAUCGUAAGGUUCUUUUCACAGGCUGAUUGACUAAUAAUUCAAGUUCCUUUAUUUUUACUCACUGGAUCAACAUUAUUGGUAAAAAAUUAGGAAGCGACAGGUUAUGUCAGCAAGUUUUUUUAAUGUGUAAUUAGCGAUACUGAUAUCACCACCUACUACCUCGGCUUUAUAUUGCAUCUGGAUUGAGCACCAUCUGGUCUGCUCGUAUUGAGUUUCGGUCAACUAUGAUGCACAAGGACUGACUUGUUAUUUUCUGAUCACAUAAAGAAGGGUGGGCUUUUCUUGAAUGUGCUAAUUGACGACUAUGUCUUGGGUGAAAUUGUAAGAAAAGUUUUUCUCUUUUGCUCGUGUAAAUUUUCUGAAAAUGUUCAUCGCAUGGAAAUUUUGCAUUUUGAACUUCAAUGAUAUCCUUCUUAAUUUA